GUUUGACGUUUCGAAAGUUCAUCAGUAUAGACGCUGUGAAGUUUUUGUGUGGCGUGCAUUGUAAAAUAUACAUUAAAAUAUCAUUUUAAAGGUCCCCCAACUCUUCUAUUAGCGAAUCUACGAAGGAAUCACAUAAGAUUAAGAAGAAAAUAGUUCCUAGCUUGCCAGGUAUUUGACAAUGGUAGCGGAAAAAAAAGAACAAACUAAACAAGAUGAGGGGGAAGUUGUACCAAAGGCAGAAGGCAAAAAGGAACCGCCGACCCCGAAAAAACCCGCUCCAAAAAAAGGUCCAGCCACACGAAGAUCUGUCGCUGCCACAAAGAAAACGACACCCUCCCCCAAACAAGCAGCGCCCGCAAAAGAAGUUCAAAAGUCUCCUGAAAAGGUUGCGGAAGAACCAACGAAAAACGAAGACGUAAAAGAUCAGACAACAACAGACGAUGCUAAAUCUGAGGAAAAACAUGACGAAGAACCGGCGACUGAAAAUGGAAGCGAAGAGGUAAAAGUCGAAGAAUCAACCGUAACCACUGAAAAUGACGAAAGCGAUGCCAAACAGCCCGAAGAUUCUUCGACGUUAAUUUUAUCAGCUGAAGAAGAAGCUGAAAUCGCCGCUCAAACCAACGAGGACGCCGUGAAGACGACCGUGACGAAACCAAUCUCCAAAUCGCCUCCAACAAAAAAGGAAAACCAAAAGAACGUAUGGGUAUCCAAUUUGUCGCGCGGGAGCAAAGCGGCAGAGCUAAAGAAACUUUUCUCCGAAAAAUAUACGGUAGAGAGCGCGAAAAUCGUCACCAAUGGCAAAAGCUUUUUCGGCUACAUUUGCUUAGAGACUCCGGAAAUGGCGCAAACGUCUGCCAAAGAGUUGAACGGCUCUAUGUUUGCCGGCAAGAGUAUCACCGUGUCCUUGUCGAGGCCAGACGUGCGUAAAGCUGGUGCUACUGAUGCCAAACGCAGAGAAGAACGGCGGAGGGAAGCGCGCGCGGCCACAAAGAAAUCCGAUAAAAAACCUGAGAAAGACGGAGAGAAAACUGAAGAUUCCGAGCAAAAGGACGACGCUAGUAAAGAUGGCAAGGAGUCCGGUGUAGAAAAGGAUAAGUCCAAAGAAAAGAAAAAAGAAGAGAGCGAAGAAGAGAAGCAAUUUCGGCGCAGAGAGCAACGUUAUCAGCGUACAAUUCAGGAUUUAAGAGCGGACGUGAAACGUUUGACCACCGAGAUGCAAAAUAAUAGGAGACGUCUGACCGAGACCCUUAGACGAUUGGACAUGGAAAAGGAUAAAAAAUCCAGUAUGCGGAGGGAGUUGGAAUCGUUGGAGGGCCAGCUGAAGUCGGAACGCAGACGAUUUACGCAGGAGAUUGAACAAAUGGGGAAGAAAGCGAAGUUGGACGAAAUUAGGUAUCAGGAGAAUAGAGCCAUCUUGAAUAAAGAACUAGACGAAUGUCGAAAACUACGGGAAUUUUUGGAACGAAAAUCCGAGGAUAUGGGUCUAACCAGGUCUCACAGAGGCUCUUCCCCACGUAGGUCCGGUCCAUCCGGAAGGUCAAUGGAUAGAGGAUCUAAAGAUAUGCAUCGUUCCAGGGGCGGUCGCAGCCCUCCACCGCCCCCAAAAAUCAGACGUUCACGCGAUAGAAGUCCCCAUUCGUAUAAAGGGAGCAAAAAACCCCGCAUGGACGAACCGACCCAUCACGGGGGCAGCAGCAGUCACUAUGGCGGAUCACAAUCGUACUCUGGCAACUCGAAACCGAUGCCGUCGUUUUACAAUCAGGGCGGCGGACCUCCAAGGGGCGAACCGAUGUUCGUCACCACCUCUUAUCCUGACCAAAGAUUCAAUUCGGGGGGAUAUCAGCCGUCUUACCCUAUGGGAAAUCCGUCGCUUAUGUCCAGGCCUAUGGGGUAUCCCGGCUCUUCAGGAGGACCUAGAAAGUAUUGAAUAUUUUAGAAGUACAAUGUUGUAUGUGAAGUAAAAGUACUACUUAGGUGUUGUGCAAGUUGUAUUUUUAGGUUAGGUGAAGAGAUUUUUUUUGAGUUCUAUACUUUAAAAAUAUCUGUCAUUAAGGUACGGUAAGGUGUCUUAGCCAAUAAGAGUUUUAUUGGCUGUACUAUAUACUAAAUUUAGGUCUCAUAAAAAGUAAAUCCUUAGUCAUUUAUUUUACAUGUUUUGACGUAACGUAAUUAUUAGAAAAUAUAGGUUAUUGCAGUAAUUAGAAAAUUUUAGUUGCCAUUAGGUUUGCCCACGGCUAUAGAUUGUAGAGCAAAUGGUGUCACGAUUACUUCAGGAAAUAUAUUAUAGAAAUAUAUCAGCA